UUCAGCGUCAAAAAAAGUAGAAUUAAUUAAAAUUAUGGUUUACAUCUCAUAAAACUGUUAAUAGUACAUUAAUCCAGUUAUCAACAUUAAAUUAAUUAAGUUAAUCAUAAAGAUCUAUAAAGAUUGCUUGUAAAAAUCAGUGAAAAUGACUAAAGGCGCGGAAAUUGAAACGCAAAGAAAAUCAAAACAGGAUUUGUUAAAUAAAUUCAUAUCAGAUGCAAAACAAACGGAAGAAAGUCAUGAGAUGGAUAAUAAAGAAGAAGAACUGGAUGUGAAAGAAAUUGGAAAUAUUGAGGAAAUUGAGAAUGAGAAAGAAGUUUCCGAAGGUUACAUCACAAAUAUCAACAAUAAUACAAUGAAAUCAAAUAUGGAAGUGGACAUAACAUCAGAUUGUUCGUCAACUGGCGAUUUAGAUACCGAGCAUUCAAAGGAAAAGCAUUCUUCUGAACUAUCAGAUACAGACAGUGCAUUGAGCUCAAUUAAUACAAUUGAGUCCGGUAAAACUGCAAGUAAAGAAUCAAUUGAUGAAGCAAGCACAGUUUAUGUUGGGGAAAUAGUAUGGGGAUCAUUCAGACAAACAAGCUGGUUUCCAUGCCUUAUUUAUCCUUCCGAAAAUGGUCCAUCAAGCAACAAAGUACUGGUUAAAUAUUUUAAUUAUAAUGGAUUGACAGCAUAUUUACCGUUAAGAAAUGUUUUCGAGUUCGAAGGAAUCGAAGAAUUUUGGCAUGAAAUUACACAAGUCAGAGGAAUUAAGAGAUCAAAAAUUACAGCUUUUAAGAAAUCAUGUAGACGAGCAAUAGAGCAAGCAAAGUGUUUUAAAGCAUUUCCAAUUUGCGAUCGAGUCAAUUUACUAGACAGAAUUACAGAGUUUGAAAAGAAGUUUACAAAAAAUUUAGAUGAACUAGAUGCGUACAUUGAUGAAUCAGUAGAUGAGAAUCCAAUUAGAGAAAACUUAAAAUUAUUCUUCAGAACAAUAAAGAAAUACGAUGAAAGUGUGGAAGUUCUUGAAAAGGAAGCGGACAUUAAAAAGGAAAUUAAGCCUGAACCAUCAGAAAAACCAAUAAUAAUAAAAACUGAGGAAACAGAAGAGCUUAAAGACAGUCUUAAUAGAAGAUUGUCAACUAGAACUCUUGGCAGAAAAAGGAAAUUUGACGAAAUUAAGGAAGAAAUUGAAGAUAUAAGCAGCAUAGAAGAAAAUAUCCAAAUUGAAGACGAGUCGCUAAAUUCUCCAGCAUUAAAGAAACCAAAAAUAAAACGAGAAGAGACGCUUGAGGAACGAUUCCUGUCCGAAAUUAAAGAUGUUCAUUAUCCAUUUAGAAACGUAUCAAAAAGUAAGGCAUGCACAAAAUGUUUGGAGAAAGGUGAACAGUCUACUUAUCGGUGUAGCGGAAAAAAUUGUGCUAAUUGGUUUCAUGAGUCAUGUUUUGAAAAAGUUGAGUGGCGAAAAGAACAAUUUAGACACAAAACUGGUGACAGCGACGAUAUAAUUGUGACAGAAAGCACACGAGCAUUUUAUACAUGCACAUCAUGUAUAAAAGACGAAAAGCAAUGUUUUGUAUGUCAUCAAGACGUUCCAAAGGAUGAGAAGGAGAUUUUUAAUUGCACAAAUCCAGAAUGUAAACUGCUGUAUCAUGAGAAGUGUCUUAAUCGUUGGCCUAAAAAUCGUGGAUCAUGUCCACAGCAUUAUUGCCAUACAUGUCACUCGAAAAGUAUCAACAAAAAUGGUGGUCUUGCAAAAUGCAUGCAAUGUGUAGCAUCAUAUCAUGCUGAAAUAGGCUGCGUACCAGCUGGAACACAAAUUUUGUCUCGUACUCAAAUUAUCUGCCCGAGACAUAAAUCUGAAAAGGAACAAAUCAAGAGAAAUAAGAAUAAGAGUAAAUUUAAGCCAUUAAAUAUUGAUUGGUGCAGCAUAUGUACAAAAGGAGGCGAAUUAGUUUGUUGUGAAGGAUGUCCAAAUGCAUUUCAUAAGGUUUGUCUUGGUGAUAAGUAUCAGGAUAAUGAUGAUGUAUUUAUGUGCGAUGAAUGCUUAGACGGGAGAUUGCCACUUUAUAAUACAAUUGUUUGGGCACGUCUUGGCAAUUAUCGCUGGUGGCCUGGAUUUUUAAUGUUACCAUGGACAGUUCCUCAUCAAAUCUUAAAAAGACAAGAAUUUGAACGUGAAUUUUGUAUUCGAUUUUUCGGAAGUAACGAUUUCUGCUUUGCAACUUGUGAACGUGUAUUUCCUUAUGACCUCCAAACUGAGGACAUUUACACAAAUAUUAAAAGUGGAAAUAAGCGUUUAGAUUCAUUAUAUCAGUUAGCCUUGCUCGAGGCUGAUCAAAUGAAAAAGAUUUUGAACGAUGAAAAUGAGAAGAAGAUUGAAAAGGACACAAAGCCAAAGUUUUAUAAUAAAGUCACUCAGAAUCGACCAGUUCCACCCGUCAAGCUUAAAAAGAUCGGUGAACAUUCUUUGGAAACAUGUGACUGUAAUUCAAAUGACGCAUCGCCUUGUGGAAAAAACAGUAAUUGUAUUAAUAUGCUGCUAAACUUUGAAUGUGACAAGAAAUGUCCAAGUGGAAUUAAAUGUCAAAACCAAAAACUUCGAAAUCGAGAGAAUUCUGAGAUCAAAAUUGUAAAGACCAAAAGUCGUGGUUUUGGGGCAGUUUGUGUCAAUGACAUCGAACCCGAUACGUUUAUCAUCGAGUAUGUUGGUGAAUUGAUUGAUAAUGCUGAACUAAAUCGUCGUAUGGACGGGAAAAUCAAAAGAAAGGAACGAGAAUUUUACUUUUUGACUGUAGAAAGUGAUUUGUUUGUUGAUGCUGAAUUUUAUGCAAACAAGUCGCGUUUUCUCAACCACUCUUGUGAUCCCAAUUGUGAAACUCGCAAAGUUACAGUCGACGGAAAUACGAGGAUUGGAAUUUUCAGCAAAAAGUUUAUUCAAGCUGGUACAGAGCUUACUUUUGACUAUCAGAUGCAAUUUGUCAGUAAUCUGAAGACAAACUGCUACUGUGAAUCUGUCAAUUGUACUGGUUUGAUUGGAGAUGCCAAGAAAAUCGAAGAAGAGAAGAAGAUUAAAAUUAAAAAGGUCAAGAAGUCAAAACGAAAGAAUGACAUCAAAUCGGUAGUUCAAAAGCGAGUCGAGAGGAUAUCUGCAAACUUUUUAAUCGACAAUACACCCAAUCCAUUUGAUCUGAUGAUGGAAAUGAUUUAACUAAUAUUUUAGAUUUCUAAAUAGCAAAUGCCUUAAAAACUGUUUUUUAGACAAUUCUAUGCCUAAUUAAGAAUCAUAUGAAACAACUUUUUAAAAUCGUGUUUUUAAAAAUUUAACGAAAGUGUUAAAUAUAACUUUAUGUAGACUAUACAUGUUGGUAA